AUGGCGCAACUCACCUUCGAUCCUCUCGCUCCUCCACAAACAUCCAAACCGACAGACCCACUAGUCGACUUGGAUCGCCUCCUCGGCCGUCUCCGGCAGACCAUCCUUCGAGCUGAUGCAGAACGGGAACGGAGGCUCAGGACCAGUGAAUUCGAGCGCGAGAAAGUCACCGUCAACAUCGACUACGCGCGACUGCUACUCACGAGGCUGCAGCAAGAUGCGCUUGGCAUCAAAGUACAUGCAAGGAGGCAGGAGAUACAGGCCGACCUCAACCGGAAGCGAGAUCUCCUAGAACAGGUGACGGAAAGGAUGAGGGACCUGGAAGAGCUGAGCGCGCACGCCGUCGACGACGAUGACGAUGUAAGCUCCGAGGAAGACGACAUCUUGAGCGAGAUAAUUGCGACCCCUAGUCAGAGCAUGGACUCCAGGUCGACUGGUUUGCCUGAGCACGAUACGGGAGGAGACGAUCAACCAGGCGUAACAGAAGCGCUGCAGGAUGGGGCGAACGGGCGCAUUGUGGAGACCCUAGAGGAGGUAAUAUCAGAGAAACCGGACACACUCACGUCACAUACUCUCCGGCCGAGGGGCCAACAGCCUGCUUCGUCAGACACAGAGAAGGGGUUGGACACAGCACAAACCACAGGCGCCACCACGCAAAGAUCUCUGUUACUGGGUGACCGCUCUGUAGAAGUGUCCGAUCUUGCCACGACGGAAGCUAUACUCGACCGCGAGCGAAGAGAACAGGAAAAGAUCACGGAGGCGAUGAGCAAGAUCACUAAGGAGUUGAAGUUGUCAUCUCUCAGAUUCAGCGAGGCUCUCGAGGAGGACAAGGAGAUGACCGAGCUGGCCGGAAAGGGGCUUAGCAAGAACGAGCUUGGCCUUGAGGCGGCGGCGAGGAGAAUGGGCGCCCUAACGCGAAUGACGGAAGGGAAGGGCUGGUGGGGACGAGUUAUACUGUACGCAUGGAUUUACGGACUCAUGGUCGUGCUGGUGCUGGUCGUUUUUGUGCUGCCAAAGCUGCGAUUCUGA